AUGAAUGAGAUAUUCACCUGUAGAAAUAAUGUGAAUAAGGUAAUUGUUCUUGUGUCUUAACUUUUAUCAUUUUGAAAUCUUCAACUGACCAUACUUCUUGCAGACAAAUAAUAUCAUAAUUCUCAGUAGCAAAUUUUUCUGCAAUUGCUACCAUACGAGCAUUCCUAUUUUGUGAAACAUAUGGUAUUCCCCUAAAAUAUAUAUUAUAUAUAUUUAUGUUAAUUACAAUUAUAUAUUCUAAAUAUAUGGAAAUAUUUAUUAUUUAUGUAAAAAGAUAUAAUUGUUAUAAAAAUAAUUUUAAACUAGAUUCAAUUAGAUAAAAGCAAUCCCAUAUUUAUAUCACUUACCAACAAUUUAAAGUUAAAAUAUUUAUUAACACCUCGUCUGCCAUCUUUUAUAAACUAUUCGUUUAAACAGAUUAAUAUGUAUUUUUUUACAAUCAGGUAUAUGUUAUUGAAUUAAAAUUUCAAAAAUAACAUAGGAAUGUUUUAAACAAAUUCAAAUUUUUUGUUGUUUUCUUUAUCACAGGUUCAAAUAGUGCCUUCAUGGUCACACAUUUUGCUCUUUGUUUCUAACGUAUUGUGAUUGUGUACUGAGUACAUUACUCUACACUCUAACUCUACCACGUUUUAUAUAUUUCUAAGCAAUGAUUCUCAACUUUCUUUCAAAAACAUCAAAUUUUUAAUUUAUUUAAAAGUAUUUCUCUAUAAUUCACAUAAAUAAAUAUAAUAUGUCAUAUAUACAGUUGUUACCAAAUAUUUAAUACAAUUUGGUAGAAUGUGUAUUAAUUACGUUUUAUGAAAGUUUUUACAAUAUACGUAUCAUACGCCAAAGAAAUUGAUACAAUAAGAAUCACUGUAAUCAUAUUUUAUCUUUGUGGUUAAAAAUAUAAUUUUUAAAUAAUUUAUCUUUUACAUUGAUUUAAAUCUUUUAAUUAAUCGUAAGUACAAUUAAUAAAAGUAACUAUGAAUUAAAAUUGAUAAAGAAGUAAGAAAAUUUAAACAUUAGUAAAUUAUAACAUUAGUGAAUUAUAAAACAAAGUUUUUGGAAUAUAUAUAUUUUUUUAAAAAAUAUUGUUCUCAUAGAAAUUAAUAGUUGUAUUAAAUUCUAGAUACGUGUUAAGUAGGACCAACCAAUUUUUUUAACACAAAUUUUCAUUUUAAGAACGUUAAUUAUUACAUAUAAGUACAGUAUUGUUGACAAGAUAAUCAUCUUAUGUUUUCUAGGAUAAGGGUGGAGUGUUAAACAUACAUAAUUGUCUUUAUACAAUUAGAAAUUAUUGUACUAAAAUGUAUUGAGUAAAUUGUAAAAUAAUCAAUAAUUAUUUUGCUUUGUUAUAAAAAAAGUUCAAAAUUUUAAUACAUUUGUCUCUAGAAACUUAACCUCUGUAGAGGUAAGUAUUAUAAAUAUGACGAUUACUUUGAUUAAUAUUUACGUGAAAUUUCAAUUUUCUUAAUUAUUUUGACUAUAUAAACUUUCGUUUAAAAUUCAUUUCAUAAUUAAUCAUUUCUUAAUUAAUUUGUCUAUAUAGACUUUCAUUUAAAAUUCAUUUCAUAAAUAUUUUUAAAAUGAUCAAUUAAUUUUAUGUUUUAUGUUUUUAAUAAGAUUUAAUUAUUAAUAAUACUUGGUACUUCUAUUUAGGUUUAUUCUUAAGUUCUAAUGGCUACUGACAAAGUAACUUUGGGUGAUGCCUUAUCCAAUGUUGAUGUACUUGAUGAAUUUACGUUACCUGAUGAACAGCCUUGCAUUGAGGCACAACCAUGUUCUGUAGUAUAUCAAGCCAAUUUUGAUACUAAUUUUGAAGAUAGAAAUGGCUUUGUUACUGGAAUUGCCAAAUACAUUGAAGAAGCUACUGUUCAUGCAAGUUUGAAUGAAUUAUUGGAAGAAGGUUUGAAGCAUGCUGUAAUGUUAUAUACUUGGAGAUGUUGUUCUCGUGCAAUACCUCAGCCAAAAUCUAAUGAACAGCCCAACAGAGUAGAAAUUUAUGAAAAAACAGUAGAGGUAUUAGCACCAGAAGUAAAUAAGUUAUUAAAUUUUAUGUAUUUUCAAAGAAAAGCAAUUGAAAGAUUCUCCGGAGAAGUAAAACGUUUGUGUCAUCAUGAAAAAAGGAAAGAUUUUGUUUCUGAAGCAUAUUUACUUACUUUAGGAAAAUUUAUCAACAUGUUUGCAGUUUUAGAUGAACUUAAAAAUAUGAAAUCCAGUGUAAAAAAUGAUUAUUCUACAUACAGAAGAGCUGCUCAGUUUCUUAAAGUGAUGUCUGAUUCUCAAACAUUACAAGAAUCUCAAAAUUUAUCAAUGUUUUUAGCUACACAGAAUAAAAUUCGUGAUACAGUAAAAGAAAAUUUAGAAAAAAUUCCAGGAUAUGAAGAGUUACUUGCAGAUGUUGUUAAUAUAUGUGUUCAUAUGUUUGAGACUAAAAUGUAUUUGACUCCAAAUGAAAAACACAUGCUAGUAAAAGUGAUGGGAUUUGGUUUAUUUUUAAUGGAUAGUGAACUUUGUAAUAUCAAUAAGUUAGAUCAGAAAAAGAAAUUAAAAUUAGACAGAAUUGAUAGAAUCUUUAAGAACUUGGAAGUAGUACCAUUGUUUGGUGAUAUGCAAAUUGCACCUUUCAAUUAUAUUAAACGUUCUAAACAUUUUGAUGCAUCAAAAUGGCCGUUAUCCUCUUCAUCAAACAAUAUAAGUCCACAAGCAGAUCUUAUGGUGCAUCUUCCACAAAUUAGAGAAGACCAUGUUAAAUAUAUUAGUGAAUUAGCAAGAUACAGUAACGAAGUUACUACAACAUAUAAAGAAUGUGGCAGUGAUGCAGAAAAUCGAGAAACUGCAGAAUUAGCAUUACGUGGAUUACAAUUACUUUCUCAAUGGACAAGUGUUGUAACAGAACUUUAUAGUUGGAAACUUUUACAUCCUACCGAUCAUCAUAUGAAUAAAGAAUGUCCACAAGAAGCUGAAGAAUAUGAAAGGGCAACGCGUUAUAACUAUACAGAUGAAGAGAAAUUUGCGUUGAUAGAAGUAAUUGCAAUGAUAAAAGGAUUACAAGUAUUAAUGGCACGUAUGGAAACAGUUUUUAUUGACGCAAUACGUAGAAACAUAUAUGCUGAAUUACAAGAUUUUGUUCAACUUACAUUGCGAGAACCAUUACGUAAAGCAAUUAAAAAUAAAAAAGAUCUUAUUAGAAGUAUCAUCGUGUCUGUAAGAGAAACUUGUGCAGAUUGGCAUUUUGGAGUAGAACCAUUAGGGGAUCCUGCACUGAAAGGAAAAAAGGAUCCUGAUAAUGGAUUUGGUAUUAAAGUACCGCGUCGAAAUGUUGGACCCUCUUCAACACAGCUCUAUAUGGUUCGUACUAUGUUAGAGUCAUUAAUUGCGGAUAAAAGUGGUGGAAAACGUACUCUGAGGAAAGAUAUUGAUGGCCAGUAUCUUGUGCAAAUUGAUCAAUUUCAUAAAACUAGUUUCUAUUGGAGUUACCUUUUAAAUUUUAGUGGUAUGUUUUAUAUCCGCUUGAUUUAUACAAUGAUAGUGCAUUAUAUGCUUUGACAAUAUUUCGAAAACAGUUCCUUUACGAUGAAGUAGAAGCUGAAGUAAAUUUAUGUUUUGAUCAAUUUGUUUAUAAACUUAGUGAACAAAUUUUUGCUCAUUAUAAACAACUUGCUGCAAGUAUUUUGUUAGAUAAAAGAUUUCGAGUUGAAUGUGUUGCGUUAGGAGCGUAUUUACUUCCAUAUCCUCGUGCUAACAGAUACGAAACUUUAUUAAAACAAAGGCAUGUUCAGUUACUUGGAAGAAGUAUUGAUUUGAAUAAAUUGAUUACACAACGCAUUAACGCAGAUAUGCAAAAGUCUUUAGAUUUAGCAAUUAGUAAAUUUGAAUCUGGCGAUAUUACAGGAGUCGUGGAAUUGGAAGGGCUUUUACAAGUGAAUCGUCUUACUCAUAAACUUUUAAGUAAAUGGCUUGCAUUAGACGAAUAUGAUGCUAUGUUUCGCGAAGCAAAUCAUAAUGUUUUAGCUCCAUAUGGAAGAAUUACUCUUCAUGUAUUUUGGGAACUAAAUUAUGAUUUUUUGCCGAAUUAUUGUUAUAAUGCAGCAACGAAUAGGUUUGUAAAAUGUCGUGGACUUCAAUUUGUACAAGCAGUACACAGAGAUAAACCCCCACAAAUGUCUCAUCAUUAUCUUUGGGGAAGUAAACAAUUAAAUUUAGCAUAUAGUACACAGUAUGGGCAGUAUUCAGGAUUUGUUGGACCACAACAUUUCCGUACAAUGUGCAAAUUGCUUGGAUAUCAAGGUAUUGCAGUGGUAAUGGAAGAACUUUUAAAAAUUGUAAAAUCUCUAAUUCAAGGAAGUUUACAUCAAUUUACUAAGACACUAAUGGAAGCGAUGCCAAAAGUUUGUAAACUUCCAAGAUACGAUUAUGGAUCUCCAGGAGUUUUGGGAUAUUAUCAUGCUCAAUUGAAUGACAUUGUACAAUAUCCAGAUGCUAAAACUGAACUUUUUCAUAAUUUUCGCGAAUUUGGUAAUACAAUUCUAUUUUGCCUUUUAAUGGAACAAGCUUUAUCACAAGAAGAAGUUUGUGAUUUGUUACAUGCAGCGCCAUUUCAAAAUAUAUUACCUAGACCAUAUUGUAAAGCAAUCAAUGAUUGCCAGAGAAGGAGAUUUAUUAACACGAGAACGGCUCUGUUGUGGUUUGUCUAUAUUUGAAGUAGUACUCAGUAGAUUACGUAGCUUUUUAGAUGAUCCUAUUUGGGUUGGUCCUCCUCCUGUAAAUGGAGUAAUGAAUGUUGACGAAUGUACAGAAUUUCAUAGAUUAUGGAGUGCAUUACAGUUUGUAUACUGCAUUCCUGUUGGAGAAACAGAAUUUACUGUUGAAGAGUUAUUUGGUGAAGGUUUACAUUGGGCUGGAUGUGCUAUGAUUGUAUUACUUGGUCAACAAAGAAGAUUCGAAGCUCUUGAUUUUUGCUAUCAUAUUUUGAGAGUACAACGUGUUGAUGGUAAAGAUGAAAACGUUAAAGGGAUCAGCGGAGAUAGUGAUGCAACAAGCGUUGAACAUGUUCGAUGCUUUCCACCUCCAAUUCAUCCCUCACUUGCUCAUGCGCAACAGCAACAUUAUCAUACACCGGAAUAUUUGCGUCAAAUGAAUCAUCAGUGAAGUUAUAUACGUAUUAUAAACAAAAAUAUUUAUAAUUCAGUAUAAUGAAGGCUGAGUCUCAUUUUUUAAAUAACUUAUAAUAAGAUUUUGGAGCAUUUAUCUAAAAAUUUUUAAUUAAUGUAUUAUGUUCUCAUUAAAAUUAUUUAAUCUUUUUUUGUUUUUCUAUAGAAAAAUAUAA